AUGGCACAUGUUUUAGCGCGGCACCACCGCGAGAAUUACCUCUACCCGUCGUGUCUCCCUGACCCGAUCGUCAACCGGCUCAACUCAAACUACGUGACGCAAGAGCUGAAUAACCGUCUGCAGAAUCUCACAGCCAUUCCCGCCCGAGCGGUUAGCGGCGUUGACAGCAAACAGUGCAACGCAGGCUCCGUGUCAAUGACGGAGAUGGAGGCCAAAUCAAGAGGAAAGCAAGGAGCACACAGAACAGGUUCCACCCACGCGGUUCAUCACCAGAAAUACAGCCUUGUUUCUUUGAAGCUAGCUGCCACAAUUUGUAUAUCAUUAGGAUUUUUCCUCGUGGAGAUUAUAUUUGGCUUUAGGACCGGCUCUCUUGCGCUCAUCGCUGACGCUUUCCAUUAUGUACGGAACAUUGAAUUUUGGCCAGUCAAGCUCUCGGAGCGAACCGUCACUCCCAAGUCUCUUUCCUUUGGCUGGCAGCGUGGACAGCUAUUGGGAGGCUUCUUCAACGGCGUAUUCCUCCUCGCUCUUGGAGUGAGCAUUUUCCUACAAUCUAUCGAGAGGUUCAUCGACCUGAAGCCGGUCGAGAAUCCCAUCAUAAUCUUGAUCCUUGGGAGCCAUGAGGGCAACCACGCAAAUGGUCAAGCUCGGAUCCGCACGAGAGAUGAAGAGCGAGAUCCGGCCGUUGCCGAGGACGCGGUGCCAUACUCGGAUCCGACUCUUGCCUAUGAAGAAUCGGUGAGCGACCCCGGCAAGCUAUAUCCCAAGGCGUCCUUGGACCCAGUGCUUACUUUUCACUAUCAGAUUCCUGGCGUCAACGCUGUUCAUGAACUUCACGUCUGGUGCCUUAACGAACACAAAUCCGUUGCAUCAGCCCACGUGGCUGUCUCACACGAAAGCGUGCACGCCUUUACCAAGACUGCUAAGCUCAUCAACGAGUGCCUUUGCGCAUAUGGCGUUCAUUCAGUAGCUCUCCAGCCCGAACUCCCAAGCGCCAGGGCGUCUCGGCAUCUAGAAACGUCCGCUAGCGCGGCCGAAAGCCUCCAUAUUUCGGCCGUGGGAACCCGCGGAGCCGACCAGGGCCGAAACUUCGGAGAAGUGACAGCCGCUCGGGAGCCACUGCGUCUGAAGGACUGCCACCCUGAAUCUGCGACCCGAUACGAAGGCCCAAUGGGUGGCAUGCUUCGGCACUAG